AUGGAUAUGCUGAGAUUAAGCAUAGAGAAACUCGUCAUAGGGUCAUCGCUUUCAUAUUCAGUUUGCUGGAGCUGCUCAAAUGGAUUCUUUGGUGAGGAUAAUGAGAUUUGGUGGGCAUUGCAUCAUUUUUGUCGAGAGGGUGUCGGAGCUACAGAGAUUACUGAUAUAUCAUCAUCCUGCGAAACGUCAUAUUCAUCCAUAUUUGAGUCUAAUUGUAGAGCGUGUGUUGAACUUCACUUCGUUGCACUUCGUUACGUUCAACUGUUUAUAGAUUACAGUAGGUUUAUAGGUUACAGGUGUGUUGAACUUCACUUCGUUGCACUUCGUUACGUUCAACUGUUUAUAGAUUACAGUAGGUUCAUAGGUUACAGGUGUGUUGAACUUCACUUCGUUGCACUUCGUUACGUUCAACUGUUUAUAGAUUACAGUAGGUUCAUAGGUUACAGGUGUGUUGAACUUCACUUCGUUGCACUUCGUUACGUUCAACUGUUUAUAGAUUACAGUAGGUUCAUAGGUUACAGGUGUGUUGAACUUCACUUCGUUGCACUUCGUUACGUUCAACUGUUUAUAGAUUACAGUAGGUUCAUAGGUUACAGGUGUGUUGAACUUCACUUCGUUGCACUUCGUUACGUUCAACUGUUUAUAGAUUACAGUAGGUUCAUAGGUUACAGGUGUGUUGAACUUCACUUCGUUGCACUUCGUUACGUUCAACUGUUUAUAGAUUACAGUAGGUUCAUAGGUUACAGGUGUGUUGAACUUCACUUCGUUGCACUUCGUUACGUUCAACUGUUUAUAGAUUACAGUAGGUUCAUAGGUUACAGGUGUGUUGAACUCCACUCCGUUUCACUCCGUUACGUUCAACUGCUUAUAGAUUACAGUAGGUUUAUAGGUUACAGGUGUGUUGAACUCCACUUCGUUGCACUUCGUAACGUUCAACUGUUUAUAGAUUACAGUAGGUUCAUAGGUUACAAGUGUGUUGAACUUCACUUCUUUGCACUUCGUUACAGUAGGUUUAUAGGUUACAGGUGUGUUGAACUUCACUUCGUUGCACUUCGUUACGUUCAACUGUUUAUAGAUUACAGUAGGUUUAUAGGUUACAGGUGUGUUGAACUUCACUUCGUUGCACUUCGUUACGUUCAACUGUUUAUAGAUUACAGUAGGUUCAUAGGUUACAGGUGUGUUGAACUUCACUUCGUUGCACUUCGUUACGUUCAACUGUUUAUAGAUUACAGUAGGUUCAUAGGUUACAGGUGUGUUGAACUUCACUUCGUUGCACUUCGUUACGUUCAACUGUUUAUAGAUUACAGUAGGUUCAUAGGUUACAGGUGUGUUGAACUUCACUUCGUUGCACUUCGUUACGUUCAACUGUUUAUAGAUUACAGUAGGUUCAUAGGUUACAGGUGUGUUGAACUUCACUUCGUUGCACUUCGUUACGUUCAACUGUUUAUAGAUUACAGUAGGUUCAUAGGUUACAGGUGUGUUGAACUUCACUUCGUUGCACUUCGUUACGUUCAACUGUUUAUAGAUUACAGUAGGUUCAUAGGUUACAGGUGUGUUGAACUUCACUUCGUUGCACUUCGUUACGUUCAACUGUUUAUAGAUUACAGUAGGUUCAUAGGUUACAGGUGUGUUGAACUCCACUCCGUUUCACUCCGUUACGUUCAACUGCUUAUAGAUUACAGUAGGUUUAUAGGUUACAGGUGUGUUGAACUCCACUUCGUUGCACUUCGUAACGUUCAACUGUUUAUAGAUUACAGUAGGUUCAUAGGUUACAAGUGUGUUGAACUUCACUUCUUUGCACUUCGUUACAUUUAG